CCAAUCAUGUAUACAUUUUUUUUAGGAGCAGUUGAGGAGCCUAACAUUGGCCAUAAGCAUCUCUCAUAUUUUUUUAUCUCAUCUUCUUGUCUUUUGAUUGAAUAAUGACAUCUUCCUCAAAAUCUAACUAAACUAUUUUAAAUCAAAGGCAAAAAAAGAAUAUCAAUUUCCACCAACUCAUUUCCUAGAAGCCACCUUCCCCUCUUCUACUCUAACUCUUAAGACAAAGCAAACUUUCAACUAUUCCUUAAUCCAUCUAGUAAUUUAUUCCAUAACCUCUUUCAUUUCCACUCACAAAAUCGAAACACAAACACAAACACAAAAUAGUGUUGAAAAGUAAACAUUUCUCUACAACUUCAUCUCCACCAUCAAUCACAAUUCACUUUAUGAUCUCCAAAACCAAAGACCCUCUUCCCUCCCACACCCACUUUUCCAUCAUGCUGAAACUCAUCAACAAGAAUCUCCGCCGCUUCCUCUCCCAUCUCCGGUGUCCAAUUAACCGCCGGCCAAAUUCCAAGGUAACACUAAUCAACAAAAACGACCCAAAACCGCAAAACGAAUCAAGCACAAAUAUUUCGUCAGCAAUUCAUCCAAACUCUCAAUUGGGUAGUGAAAAAGCAGAAAAACAAAUUCGUGUGGCAACAUUCAACGCCGCACUAUUCUCAAUGGCACCGGCAGUUCCGAAAACGACAACAUUCGAAGAAGAAAACGACACGAUUUUAAAACAGAGAACAACAAAGGAAAGACCGAAAAGCAUAUUGAAACAAACACAGGAAGAAAACAUAAACGUAGUAAAAUUGUCGAAAUCGAAAACAAGGGUUUCGAUAAAUUUACCGGAUAACGAGAUAUCGCUGUUAAGAAGUAGACAAUGGAGUUUCUCGGAACAGGAGAAGGAAGGGGGAUCGACGAGUAUAAGGGGAAGUAGAGUGAGGAGUUUGGUAGAAGUGUUGAGAGAAGUGGAUGCAGAUGUGUUGGGAUUGCAAGAUGUGAAAGCGGAAGAAGAGAAUGGAAUGAAGCCAUUAUCAGAUUUAGCGUCGGCUCUUGGAAUGAAUUAUGUUUUUGCUGAAAGCUGGGCACCUCAAUAUGGUAAUGCUGUUUUGUCUAAAUGGCCUAUCAAACGAUGGAAUGCUCAUCAAAUCUUCGAUCACACUGAUUUCAGGAAUGUUCUAAAGGCGACUAUCGAUGUACCUGAAUCAGGUGAACUAAAUUUUUAUUGUACUCACCUUGAUCACCUCGAUGAGAAUUGGAGGAUGAAGCAAAUCAACGCGAUAAUCCAAUCGAACGACGAGCCUCACAUCUUAGCCGGAGGACUUAAUACACUCGAUGAAUCGGAUUACUCCCAAGAAAGAUGGACAGAUAUUGUAAAGUACUAUGAAGAAAUGGGAAAGCCAACACCAAAGGUUGAAGUGAUGAAAUAUCUAAAGAGUAAAGAGUACACAGAUGCUAAGGAUUAUGCAGGGGAAUGUGAAUCAGUUGUAAUGAUUGCCAAGGGUCAAAGUGUUCAAGGGACAUGCAAAUAUGGAACUCGAGUAGACUAUAUAUUAUCAUCAUCAAAUUCUCAAUAUAAGUUUGUUCCUGGUUCCUAUUUGGUUCUUUCUUCGAAAGGGACAUCAGAUCAUCACAUAGUGAAAGCUGAUGUGGUGAAGGUAAAUAACAAUUCUCAAGAAAACUUGACAAAGAAACCGCAACAACAAAGACAGAAAAAUAUUAUAAGAAUAACAAAAUCAAAUCCAUCAAAAGGUAUAUGGAAAGUAUAUUGAGUUGUUUGUUUGUUGCUCCUUAGUUUAGAUGAUUGUAUUUUCGAAAUGGUUUUUUUUUUAUGCUUCUUAAUCUUAUGUUAUAACCAUUCUUCAAUUUGAUUUAGAAGAAGAUAAAAGAAAAGGGUGAGUGUGAUGUAUGAUACUUCUUAUUAAAUUUGUAUAGCUUUUGAGUUUUGAUUAACAAA